CCCGCGCGGCUCGAGAGCCCGCACCGGCGCCCCCUCUCCGCGGCCGGGGCGCGCUCGCCAGCGGUGGCCCCGCGCCAUGGCGCCCCGCGGCAGGGCCGGGGCGGGGCGCAAGGCCGCGCUGCUGGCGCUCGCCGCGCCUGCGGCGCUGCGGGCCUGGCUGCGGGAGCCGGCCGGCGCGACGGCCGACCUGGCAUUCUUCGCGGCGGAGCCGGCUCCCGCGCCGGAGAUCCCCCCCCGAAGCCCCCGAAGCCCGCGUUCACCCUCCGUGUGUGCGGCAAGUGCAUCGAGCGGAAGGCCGGAGGGGGCUACAACCCUGGCGUGGUGCUCCGGGAGAUGCAGGCCGGCGCCCAGUCCGCGGGCUGGCCCGCGCCGGAGGUGGAGCUGGGGAAGUGCACCGGCAAUUGCGAGUUCGGUCCCACGGUGCGCCUCGUCAAGGGCGAGUACUCCAUACCCGUCGUAGUCGACGACAUGGACGAGCAGGAGAAGGACCAUGCCCAUCAGGUGACGUCGGACAUGGACGCUCAGCGCGCCUUCGGCUUGGCCAGCCGCCACAUCAUGAGCGCGAAGGACGACGAGGACGAGGAGGAGCCGGAGCCGGCCCUGAACUGA